AUGAUUAUACUAAAAUCCCUACGAAGGUUUUCUGACCUUAAGCUCAAGUUAAGCCCUCAUCAGCUCUAUAUUACUCAAGGCAAAGGAACUGAAAGACCCUUCAUGGGAGAUCAUUGGUGGGUCAAAGACACUGGAACUUACUAUUGCAUUGUUUGUGAGCAAAAAUUAUUCCCUUCUCAUUACAAAUUUUUCCCUGACACAGGCAGAUGUCAUUUUUUUGCCAGCGAGGAUGGAGCUACCAGGCUGUCUGGAGAUAACCCAAAAGACCAAGAAGUCCAGUGUUCAGGCUGUGGAAGUCAUUUAGGCCAUUUCCAUCCAGAAGGUCCAGCCCCUACACACGUUCAAUACGUGAUUGAGUCUGGCUCAUUAUCAUUCAAAGAAAAGCCUUGGUUUACAGUCCCUCCAACACGCAGAGCAUUAAAACAGCCAAGAAGAGAGGCCAAGGCAUUGCUUAAGAAACAAAAAGAAGCCGAAAGAGAAGAGCAAAGGCUAAAAGCUGUGGAAGAAAAUAAACUUAUCAAGCAGAAAGCCCAUGAGGAACUUUUAAAGCAGCAUGAAGAAAAUAGGAAGAAUAAAGAGCAAAAGAAAAAACAAGAUAAUCAAGGAGACCAAAAAAAUCAAAAUAAUGAAGAGGAGGAAGCAAAUAAACCUAAAUCAGAAUAA